CCCGAGACAUCUUCAACCUUCAAUCUUCAAUCUGCGCAUUUUCAGCAUUAUCCAUAGGCCCAAGCAACAUAAAUUCUUUAUCUUCUUUUGUCCAAAUUUCUAGCCAACAUGUGUGACUUCAUUCCUCUACCUGUGUGCUUUCAGUGCGGAACCAAUCAAAACCCGUGUCAUUGUAAAGUUAUUGGUCCUACAAUUGGAUUUGUAGUAACAGUUGGCAUGGCGAUCUUCUGCUGGCCAGCGUCACUCUUGUGCUGUUGCUGCGCAACUGAUGCUGGAAAAAGCAUCCUGGCUGCACCCGUCGACACUGGAAACGCGAUUAGCAACGCAAUACCUAUAUAACACCAACGGAAUGACAUGAACAUGCGCCAAACCCCUUGUUUUACUUAGCUCUCUUGACAUUCUUGCUCGAACCUCUAAUACUUCUCAUUUCACCUUUGGCUAAGCGAGAAAUGGCGGACUUCGAGGACGAGCUGGCACAAUGUACUCGAUACCCGACUACCAAUGGAUCUGGUCUUCUUCAAUCUUACCUCUUUCUUCACC